UAUUCAUAGAUCUGUAUAAAAAUGUCGAUAAUUAUCAAAGGCGCUGGGUACAUGGCGCUUAUUUACGAGGGUUUCAAUUCAGCUCUCGGAAUGGUUGGGAUGGUGUACUUUGCCUCACUCAUGAAGUACGAUAUGGUGGAUGUCAUGAUAUUGAUUGGGGAAAUGUUCAAGCUCAUUUGCUUCGGCAUCUUGGCGGUGGGCGUCAUUAGCCGCUCAAAAAUGUUGGUAAAACUUUGGCUACUGACGUCCUAUGUUCAGAUAAAAUGGGACGCCGUUGGGCUAAUGUUUCAUAAUAUAUAUGAAUUUUACUUCACUGAAAAGUACAACACCACUGAAGAAUUCUUGGAGGAUCUAUCUCAUAUACAUGGUUCAAUACUUGGCCAAGUAUUGUCACGAAUCGGCAUCAUAUUGCUUAUCUAUAGAUACUAUUUGCUGCUUAAAAAGGAGAAGGCACAGGUUGACCAGAAAGCAGCCGAGCAAAAAGCCAAGUAGUCAAAGGGUCUGAUUAAAAUGCUGAAGCAAGAUUGUUUAUUGUUCGAAAAUAUACAUAUGUAAAAUUAAUAUAAAAAGUGCAACAUGGGAUUGCUGGAUGUUGUU